AUGCUCGGCAUCAACAGGCGGGCGCUCUGCAUACUUCCCUGCAUCAGCCGUUUCCCUGCCCGCCUCGGCGCCCGCCCCCGGCCCGUUCCCCCGCUCCAGGCGCCCCACCUCCACGACCGCAGCUGCAGCUCCGCCACGAUGGCCGAGCCCGCAACCGCGUCCUACUGCUACAAGUGGCCCCGGCCGGGCCUCACCGUUGACACCGUCGUCGUGGCCAAGCCGCAGGAGCCGGGCGCCCAGCCGCAGCUCCUGCUGAUCCAGCGCCUGAACCCCCCGUACCAGGGGUCGUGGGCGUGUCCCGGGGGCUACGUGGACGAGUUCGAGAGCUUGGACCACGCGGCGGCGCGCGAGCUGCGCGAGGAGACGGGCGUCGACGCGACGGACGUGGAGCUGAUUCAGGUGGGGGGGUUUGGGGAGAAGGGGAGAGACCCUCGCGGGUGGACGGUCACGGUGGCGUACGGCGCGAUCGUGCCGACGACGCAGCUGGGCGUCAAGGCCGCGGACGACGCGGCCGACGCGCGCUGGUACGCCAUUGACGCGCUGCCCAAGUUGGCCUUUGACCAUAAGCUGGUGGUGCGGACGGCGUUCCGUCGGCUGGCGAUGGAGAGCCACGCCGACGACGGCCUGAAGGCGCAGCUGCGCGCCGCGGCGGACCUGCUGGAGGGGCCCUGGAAGGACGAGGGCGAGGGAUCGAAAAAGUACGACUGA